AUGCAGGAUAUUAUUGAUAUUGUGAAAAGACCGAGGUAUUCGAGGAGUGGAAGAGCCAAUGCGAAAUUACCGAAGUGGCUGACAUAUAAACCUAAAAAAAGGACAAGGGAAGAACCGGAAAGAGAACAUACACUAUUUUUUUAUUUUUUUUAUUUAUUUAUUUAAUUUUUAUUUAUUUUUUAUUUAUCUUUAUUUUUUAUUUAUUUAUUUUUUAUUUUAUUUUUUUAUUUAUUUAAUUUUUAAACAAAUAUUUUUAAAAUAAAAUACCGUAUAACUCCUAAAGAUGCAGCACAAAUUUAUGAAGAUAUUAAAAUUGAAAUAAAAGAAGAAACCAGUAAACAUUCAAAACAUGACAUCGGUAGCUAUUUCUUUCAAACAGUUUCUCGAGAAAAACGUGAACAAACCAAUAAAUAUAUAAAAUCUGACGCACCUCCAGUUGCAACUUACACCCCAAAACAUGAUUUAGUAAGCCCUCGUGUAUACUCACAAGUCGCUUUUACGCCUAAAGUGACUGUUGAAAAACGCACUCCAAUUGUGUAUCUCCCAGAAUGCCUCGAUACCAAUGAAUUAGCUUGCAAAUACCCAGAAAAACCUUUAUCAGCCAAAGGUACGAGAAGCUUAAAUAGUUUAUCUAUAAAAGAUUUCUUUAAUACUUUAUCUACAAGAGAAAGCCAAGUCAAAGACUCAUUUUACCCAGAAUCUGCAAGACCACAUACAGCAGAGUUUAGAUUUAAUGCACAAUUGCCGAGAAAAUGGUCAGUCCAGCAGCUUCAUGACAUGAGAUUUGAAAAUUUCAAUCAUUUUCCGAGGUCUUAUUCAAAAAGCAGGAUUAUAAAGACUCCAAUUUUUGAAAAGACCGUGGGGAGAGAAAACUUAUGAAGUGACGUUCCAGUAAAUGAUGGAAAUUAUAAUGUCACAAUUAUUUUUUAAUUUUUUUAUUUUAGAAUGAAUUGAAUGUGGCUCUAGUAUUUUAUAUAGAAAAACUCCAAAAUAUUUUGUAAAAUAAUUUAUUGUUGAUAAAAUAUAAAUGUGCAUUUAUCAGUGAAAAUAUAUUAAUUUAUAUUGGUUUUAUAAUAAAUUUUAUCAGAAAUUAUGAUUUAAAUUUUGAGCUUUUGAAGAAAAAACUGUCCAUUGGAUUUGUUGAUUUUGAAAAAAUGAGCUCAAGAUUUGGAAAAGAUCCUGAUCCUGGCCCUAUGCCACCAACAACUGAAAGACUAGCAAAUGCAAUUGAGAAAAUAAAGCCCAGAAUUAGAACACCCUAUAUUGCACAAAGGCCACAGAUAGUCGAAAAAGCGAGAAGUAACUCAGGUAGAGUAUCAACCGCAAGACUCCAAGAAAGAGCAUAUUCUCCAGAGCUUACUGAUAGGAGAACCAAAGCAAUAAUAAUCGAAAAAACGCCUGAAGAAAUACCAAUUGGAAAAGAAGUCCAAAUGUUGAUGAGUAGCCAGGCAUUUUAA